AUCGUCCCGGGAGAAAGAUGAAUUGGCCCCAUUCCUGCAUCUCCUUUUGUUGGAUUUACUUGGCUGCUUCCAGGCUCAAAGCUGUAGAGUCAGCAGAUGGAAAGUAUGCUCAGAAGUUGUUUAAUGACCUUUUUGAAGAUUACACCAAUGCUCUCCGUCCAGUGGACGACACGGAUACGGUCCUGAAUGUCACCCUACAGAUCACGCUCUCUCAGAUCAAGGACAUGGAUGAAAGAAACCAAAUUCUGACUGCCUAUCUAUGGAUCCGACAAAUCUGGCACGAUGCGUAUCUCAAGUGGGAUCGAGACCAGUAUGACGGAUUGGACUCCAUCCGCAUCCCCAGCGACCUGGUCUGGAGGCCGGACAUUGUCCUCUACAACAAGGCAGACGAUGAGUCUUCAGAGCCCGUGAACACCAACGUGGUCCUGAGGUACGAUGGGCUGAUCACCUGGGACGCACCAGCCAUCACCAAGAGCUCCUGUGUGGUGGAUGUCACCUACUUCCCCUUUGAUAAGCAGCGGUGCAACCUCACCUUUGGUUCCUGGACCUACAAUGGCAAUCAAGUGGACAUUUUUAACGCCCUGGACAGCGGAGACCUCUCAGACUUCGUUGAAGACGUGGAGUGGGAGGUUCACGGCAUGCCUGCCGUGAAAAAUGUCAUCUCUUACGGCUGCUGUUCUGAGCCUUACCCGGAUGUGACCUUUACACUCCUCCUGAAGAGAAGGUCGUCCUUUUAUAUCGUCAAUCUCCUCAUCCCCUGUGUCCUGAUAUCUUUUCUGGCUCCCUUGAGUUUUUACCUCCCAGCUGCCUCUGGGGAAAAGGUGUCCCUGGGAGUGACAAUCCUCUUAGCCAUGACUGUGUUUCAGCUCAUGGUGGCAGAAAUCAUGCCGGCCUCAGAAAACGUCCCCCUGAUAGGCAAAUACUACAUAGCUACGAUGGCCUUGAUCACAGCUUCCACUGCCUUGACCAUUAUGGUGAUGAACAUCCACUUCUGCGGGGCUGAGGCCCGGCCAGUGCCACACUGGGCCCGAGUGGUCAUCCUGAAAUACAUGUCCAGGAUCUUGUUCGUCUACGAUGUGGGGGAGAACUGCCUAAGUCCUCGCCAUGACAGGGGGCGGGACCACCUCACGAGGGUUUAUGGCAAACUCCAGGAGCCUCGUGUGAAAGCAAUGAGGAACAAAGACCUUUCCAGAAAGAAGGAAAUAAACAAACUCUUAAAGAAUGACCUGGGGUGUCAGGGUGAGAACCCCAAAGACGCUGACAACUACUGUGCACGGUACAAGGUGCUGACAAAGAAUAUCGAGUACAUUGCCAAGUGCCUCAAAGACCACAAGGCCACCACUGCCCAGGGCAGUGAAUGGAGGAAGGUUGCAAAAGUGAUCGAUCGAUUCUUCAUGUGGAUCUUUUUCAUUAUGGUGUUUGUGAUGACUGUUUUGAUAAUAGCAAAAGCAGAUUAGUGGCAUUUGUUAUCUAGGGGACAAAUCAAUAAAAUUCCCUGUGAUCUGCUCUCAUGUGCUUCCAAGCCAGAGUUUUAUCCAUAGCUAAUUGAAGGGUUAUGUUGUCUAUAUUUUGUAUUUUAGAUCAGUAAUAUAGCUACUUGUCUGGCUAACUAGAUGGU